AUGAGUACCGUGACUCAUGAAGAGCAGCAUCAGAAAUAUAGCUUGAUAAAUUUUGAAGAGACUGAACUACGCCUAGGGUUGCCUGGUGGAAUAGCUAAUCCCGGAAAGGAUGGAGAAUCUGCCAAGAACAAUGGGAAGAGAGGUUUCUCAGAAACUGUUGAUUUAAAGCUCAAUAUCUCAUCUCAAGAUCAGUCAGCUGAUCAGGAUGAUCAAGAUCAACAACUACUGGAGUUGAAGAAGGAAAAGAAUGCUGCUGCACCUGCUCCCAGCGCAAAUGACCCAUCUAAACCCCCUGCUUCCAAGGCUCAAGUUGUGGGUUGGCCACCCGUCCGAUCUUUCCGAAAGAACAUCGUGACCGUCCAAAAGAAGAGCUCGGAGGAGGCUGAAAAGGGCAACAGCAAUAUCAGUGCAGCAUUUGUAAAAGUAAGCAUGGAUGGGGCGCCCUAUCUGCGUAAAGUUGACUUGAAGUUGUACAAGAGCUACCAAGAGCUGUCUACUGCCUUGGGGAAAAUGUUCAGCUCCUUCACCAUUGGUAACUGCGGGUCAGAUGGAAUGAAGGAUUUCAUGAACGAGAGCAAACUGAUAGACCUUCUGAAUGGUUCUGAUUAUGUGCCUACUUAUGAGGACAAGGACGGAGAUUGGAUGCUUGUGGGGGAUGUGCCAUGGGGAAUGUUUGUUGAUUCUUGCAAACGCUUGCGGAUAAUGAAAGGAUCUGAGGCCAUUGGACUUGCACCAAGGGCCGUGGAGAAGUGCAAGAACAGAAGUUGA